AUGCCCGAGCUGCUCGAUGAAGUGCCCCUCUGGAUCAUCCUCAGAGCCUUGUUUUGCCUACCACUCGCGGGAUUCCUGCUGCAAAGAUGGCAUGUAUGGUGGCGACUGCGGCACAUCCCGGGGCCCGUGUCUGCCAUCGUGUCCGACGUGGCGAGGGUGAGAUGGGUUCACGCAAAGACGGCGCAUCUUAAACACCAAAACCUGCACGAGCAAUACGGGGAUGUCGUCCGCAUGGGGCCGAACAUGGGCAACUUUUAUCUACCGCUUCGCCCGUAUUCGAGAGCCGGCGGUGCUCUGCCCGCAAUCUUUACCUGCCUAGACGAAGAGAUGCACUCCAACCUCAAAAAGCCAGUCGCCCAAAUCUUCUCCCUGUCCAAUGUCGUCACCUUUGAAAGUCUGGUGGAUGACGUGCUUCACGUCGUUGCCAAGCAGUUCGACGGGCGAUUUUGCGCAAACGACGAGAUAUUCGACCUCAGUGAAUGGCUGCAGUUCUUUGCAUUCGACGUCAUGGGCACCCUGACGUUUAACAAGCGCUAUGGGUUUCUGGAGGAGGGAAAGGAUGUCGGCGGAAAGCUCGACGCAGUUUGGCUUUUCAUGAAACAAGCCGCGCCGAUGAUGCAAGUUCCGUGGCUAGACAAGAUAUUGUACAAAAAUCGGGUUGUCGACUCGCUACGACAGACCCCCGGAAACUCUCUGUUAGGGUUUGUUGGCGACACAAUUCGAGAACGUCAAAGUCGUUUGAAAGCCGAAGCCAAGGAACAUGCCGAGCUUCAGAAUGAGAGGCGGGACUUCCUGGACCGAUAUAUCGAGAUCCAACGGCGUGGUGAUAACAUCCCGGCUUGGGCUGUGACUUCUUGGACCUUCUCAAACGUGAUUGCAGGCUCGGAUUCGGUCGGUACGGUUAUGCAGACCGUAAUGUACAACUUGCUCAAACGACCGUACACGCUCAAAAAGUUGGUUCGAGAGCUUGACGAGGCCGGCGUGUCCCGGCCGUAUCCCAAAUGGACCGAGGUAAGCUCGCUGCCAUAUCUGGAUGCCUGUGUCCUCGAAGCACUCCGGGUACAUCCUCCAUUCGCCUUGCCUUUCGAGCGCGUCGUUCCCGAGGGCGGCGUCACAGUGCUGGGCCACUUCCUGCCCGCAGGCACCAUUGUCGGGGCCAACCCAUAUGUCACCAACCGAUGUAGGAAGAUGUAUGGGGAGGAUGCCGAGUUCUGGCGUCCGGAACGGUGGUUGGAGGCCGAUGCAGACCACAAAAGGAAGAUGGAAAACGUCAUGCUUACGUUCGGCGCUGGCAGGCGUAUCUGCCUGGGACGGUACAUUGGAAUUUUCGAGAUCAAGAAGAUUGUACCGUUUCUAGUCCUCAACUACGAGAUUCAAGCCAUCGAUCACACCACAUUCAAGGCGGAGAAUUACUGGUUCUUAAGACAGAGAGGGCUGUACACCCAGAUACAGAAGCGGCGUAGUAAGAGCACACCGGAAACUUGA